AUGUCUAUGCUUGCUACCGCCAGCCCCUCACCGCACCCGGCUUUCGGUAUGCCCCGGCCAUGGGAAGUGACUCGGUGUCCCGACUACUCCCUGCGGCCGCGAAUGGAAAACGACGGAGUAGCAUUGCCUUCCAUUCGACAGGCUUUCCCCGAACUGCAACUUCAACCUCAACCCCAAGCAGCCGUAGCAAAGCCGGGAUCAACAGUCUCUCAUUCUCCUGCACCACCCAUGAGCGCAACAUCUCCAAAGUAUAUUCACUCGCCUAAUGAAACCAAGAGGAGGAGGUUGUCAAUCGAGGCGGACCAGGAGUACGAGCGAGCCCGCCAGGUCCCCCGCCACUACUACAGCCCCGAGCGAUCUUCAUCGCGACAGAUUUCACCUAGCCUUCCAAUGCAGUCAACGCAAGAGAGCUGGGGAGCACCCUCAAGACCGAGUUCUUUCAUGACCAACGGAGCACUACCGGCGCCAGCUCACCUGGAGAUGAAGGACAGGGCAGACCCUCGAAACUCGCUUCCCAGUCUUCCCCCGCCGCGAACCAUGGAGCGCGAGCCCGCAUCCGCGAGCCGUUUGCCAACACCAGUGGAGAGCUACCGAAGCUCGCAGCAACCUCCUAUACCCCCACACUCGGCUGCUCCUAUCCCAGAGUCCGCUCCGUCACCGUACCGCGAGCCCGGCUACGGUUACUCCUACCACCACCCCACCCGGUACCAGUCAUUGUCUGCUGGUUCCGCCCACUCAUUUGAGCGAACACCGUUCACCGCCGGAGGAUACAACACCCCUUACCCCGAGUAUGGACGAUACGGAGAGAUGGGCCCCAUAUCAUUGACCGGCGACAACAAGCAGCGGAAGCGACGAGGAAACUUGCCCAAGGAGACUACGGACAAGUUGAGAGCCUGGUUCGUGGCGCACCUGCAGCACCCGUACCCAACAGAGGACGAAAAGCAGGACCUCAUGCGGCAAACGGGUCUUCAGAUGAAUCAAAUCUCCAACUGGUUUAUCAACGCCCGACGACGUCAGUUGCCUACCAUGAUCAACAACGCGCGCGCCGAGUCUGACGCCAUGACGGGCGCUCGGGGUGGUGACAUCAAAGUCCUCGCCACCACGGAGCGUGGCGACUUCGAUCACAGCAAGCGGGAGCCGGCCGCAGGGCCCCUGAGUGACGGCGAGGGCGCCACUUACGAUGAGGACCUCGAGGUGAUCAAGCAGCACCGCGGUGCCAACAUGAGCAGGGGCAGCGUCUAG